GACGACCGACUCCGCCAUUGAAGCUAUCGUGUCUCUGGUCUCUGCCGGCACGUCUACCAUCAACAACCCAUUCGAGAUGGCUUCCAAGAAGGACAUGCGAAGGGCCGACCUGGGUACGUUGCUCUGUCCAUGCCUGCCCCCCAUCGAUCUUCCUUCUACCACAUUUGCCUCUGCCAAUCCCCCAGCUAAUACCUCGCCAGUCAUCCCCUACCAGGCGCCCAAGCCCAAGGAGACGCAGGAGCUCUCCUCUACUCUCUCUAGCACCCUCCCCAUGGCCGUCAUGCUGACGCGCAACCGCUUUAUCGGAUGGUAUGAGAAUUAUCCGCAGCCCUUCUCGAAUCCCACGUGUCGUCGCAUCUCGAGCAAGCCUCUUCUCUCUCCCCAACUGUUGCGAUACCAAGACAUGGCGCCUCCGUACGAGAGCAUCAAAAAACUGACACGUCGUUGCACAGGGCUGCCGUCAUCUACAGCGUCCAGAACUGGCUUGGCGAGAGCGAAGAUCAGAAGAAGACCGCCACCACUCCAGGCUACUUCAACGUUACCAUGUCCCUCGUUUCCCUUCUCGUCGCCUACCUGCCCCUCUUCCUGCCUCCUAAGCUGGCCGCUGCCGCCACUGGCACUGCGCCAGCCGCUCCUCUUCCUUUGCAAUAAACGCCUUGUGCGAUCAUGUAGCAGACGGUAGAUGCAAGGUGUCUGGAUUCUGUAUAGCACGUUGAAACCAGGGGCGCCAUGGGGGAGGGCCCCAGGCCCUCGCAAAUAACAUAUAUUUUGGGUGAAAUACGGCGUCGUGGGCUUCAGCUUGAAAUUCCUCCUGCGCAGGUUGGCAGCCAGGGACUCGCUUUGCAGCGAAUGAUUGUACAAUACCCAGAUAUCCAGGGAUAGCUUAUGUUUUAAUCACCACAUUAAGAUCCUCUUG